AGACUCUGUGUGGAUCUUUGUUCUCUGAAUUUUUGUAGCUGUGGAUUCUAUCCUUUGGAUCCAUGCAAUUUUGAAUGACAGAAAGUGUUCAACGAGCACUUCGAGGUCUUCACCAACUGAUCGAGAUCAACAUCGCUCUUCAAGAUGUGUUGUAGAUCUAGUGUUGAUUUCCUCAUUAUGAACCAGGUGCACUUCUGCAUAUCAUUUUACGUCCACCUUGCAUCCCCAUCAAGAACAUCAUCAUCUUUAUCAAUGGAUAAAUCACCAUCGUCAUGAUUAUAUAGGCCUACAUCUAUAUCAGGGUUAUAAUAAUACUUAUUUCACAUAGAUCUAGGGCCUACCAAAAAUAAAACUAAAAGCGCAUUUAACGCAAGGGACGCAAACAAGAAAUAGGAAACGUUCAAAGCUUCCUGGUUUGUGGAGUAGUCGGACGUGUUGUUAUGGGCCAUUCAUAGCGAAUAGCGAAGUGACCUACUUCUGAACGCGCUUCGUUCGCUGGGCCAGGCGGAUCAAAAACAAUGGCUAAAGUAGCGACGAUGUUCGACGGGAUUGCAGUUUCGGGGAAAUGGAUAUGGAAAGACGACCCAGUGAACCCAAGUCUAGAGUUUGUGAGCAAUAACCCAAAUGCAGACAGGCAAGACAGGCGUAGAAGAGCUAAGGGACAUGAUGGGAAAGGGCGUGGAGACAGGGCAGCGUCUGGUAUUCAGAGAGGUGGAGGAGCUGGCAGAGGCAGGGGUGGCGUGCAGAAGAUGAUAAACAAAUCUGCCCCGGGGAAGAAAGACCAGACUGAACAUACCAUAGUCACCCUGGAUGACAUCAAAAAUGUGUCCUUGGAACGAAUGUCAGAGGUGGAUCAAAUUCGAGAUGAUUUCUAUAGCCUGUACAGACGUGAGCAGUUUGAUUUCUUCCUCCUGUACCUUCUGAGCUACUUCAACUGUUUUUUCAACAAAAUGACUCUUGAAAACAAGAAGAAUCCCAUGUACAUUGAACCCAGUGUCUCAGAGAAGAUAGAAUAUGCCGAGUCAUGCGAGCGCCUGAGUGUGGCCCAGAAGCUUUUGGGUCGUGCCUACUGCAUCUUGGUCCUUGGCCUUGGUUUGGAAGAGCAGCAUCACAUGGAAUGUGGCAUGUCUCGUGUUUCCAAGACUCAUACAGAUCGCAGUAGGUUUGAGACUUUCUACAGCUUCUGCACUUUUGUUGUGUGGAUAACUUUUAGAAGAAAGGAGUUUGAAUGUAUCAAGAAGGAAAUUGGCAGAAUCCUGCGAUCUGACACAUUUAACCCUGCGAUCCGUGUGAAAUAUGCACCUGAAGAGCCUAAAGGGCAAGACCCUACCAAAGCCCCCAAAAAGCCAAAUGAAGCAGAGGAGGAGAAAAAGGAGCCAGAGGAGGAGAAGAAGUUGACUCCUGCAGAGUAUCGACGUCUCCACCCGAAAAGACCAGCGAUCAAAUCUAUCAUCAAUCAAAGAUCGCCAGCCAUAGUUGCCAUUCUGCCAUCUCCGAAAGAGGAAUCUGCCAGGCUCUUUAAACGACCUCAGUUCACUUCAGGAGAGUCUUCUGGAUUUGAUGAUGAAGAAGAUGACAUUGUGGAUGAGAAGUAUUCUGACCUACUCUUGGAUACCAAAAAGUUCAAAACAGGGAUUCUGGGUGAACCUUACAAGAUGUUCAACCCUCAGACACUCUCCCCAGUUGGAGCGGAGAACGAGGAUGAAGAGCACGAGGGGGAAGACGGAGAGAAGCGAACUGGAGAAGAAAGUGCAGCUGCUGAGAAAACCCAAGCCUCUGACAGAGGAACAAGCCGUCAGCAAACAGCUUUCUCUCAUGCCACGACGGAAGCCUUCACUGAUGAUGAAACUUGAUUUUGUCCUAUUUUUAUUGACACUUCAUGCUUUUAUUGCCUUUUUUUCCCCCUCUUUUGACCUGUGAUGUGUCAUCUUUAAUUUCACAUACUGUGGAGUAUGCUUAUCUUAUACUUUCAAUGACCAUACAUUUAUGAUUUUUUCUCAUGUAGGAAGACUCGCUGGGGGUUGUAUGGCUUGAGAAAACUUGUCAGUGGCCAAUGGUCCACACGUGGCGAGAGGCAGAAGAAUAAAAAUAAUGUCAAAGGAAAAAUCCUAAAUAGUACAAAUUUGAUCGACCCCAUGCUAUAGAAAUGUUUAUAUUAUUUAACAUUUUUUUAAUCGUCAACCUUCUGUUCAAAUGCACUAAGCCCAGACAGGAACAUUUUUCAGUAGAGAGGUAAAACUUUCAUUCUUGUAACAUUUGCUUCUAUGUAUAAAAUAUUUCUUGAGAAGGUGUAAUUAAUAUCAUAGAUUGAGAAACAACUAUCUUUAGAAAUUCAAAACUUUUAGCUUAGUGCAUCUGAACAUCUGGCUGACAAUACAUGGAUUCUAUGACAUCUUAGAACUGUAAGUGCUCACUGUGACUCACUCCGCGUAUAGCUAAUGCUGUGAUAACAUUCCGUCCAUGUUUUUGUCACUGCCUUCAUGAAUGAUUAUGGCUAGACUUCGUGCUGAGGCAGUCUUUGCAUUCCUAACAUAAUGUUGUCUUAGCCUGGAAUGGUUAUUGUAAAAAGUGCCUUUUAUAUUAUUUAAAACAUUUUUAUUUCAUUUUAUUUUAUUUUAUUAGUUAUUUGAGGCUAGUGCCAUGCCUGGGAUUUUUUAAACAAACAUCUGUGAAACUUUGUGAUUUUAAAUUUAUUUUCAUUUCUUGUAAUUGUAUGUUUGUUUGGCACAUGCUUUGGUUGUGUUUGUAUGUGUAAAUGAGGGCUAUCGAUCAUGUAUAUUUAUGCACGAAUAUACAUGUGUAUUUCCAUGUUCUUGAAAAUUUUGUAUGUAUUCAAGGAAAAUAUUCUUUGAAUAUCAAAAUAUAUUCAGUAAUUUGCUUUCAUCAAGCAUGUCAUUCACACACCUAGAUAUUGCUUGCAGCUCUUGAUUUAUGAAGUGUUUGAGGUGGUUUCCAUUGCUAGUACAGUAAUGUUGAUCCAUGAAACAAGCUAUUUACUUUUGUUUGACAAGACGUUAUUCACUUAAAAUCCUCCAAGCUCUUCUGAUAACCCACUCCGUCCAGGUUGGCUCUAACUCACAGGCAGGGUGAAGUCAGCCAGCCUAAUGUGUAACUUAGGGGCUAAGACGUUCUAUGUCAAUCAAAUCCUCUUUUGAAUUAUAAAGGCAGAAGCAAAAUGAGUUUUUUCAAUCAAGAUUCAAAUGUCCUAUUUUUUCAUUUAAAUGUGGAUUUUCAUUACAUCUAUAACAGAAAUGUGAAUGCAGGACAGGAUUUUAUGACUGUACUUCCUUUACACUUCCGAGACGUUCUAUAGGUCUAUUAAUAUGGCGUCGGUGGCCUAGUGGUUAAGCUACCGGAAUGAUAAUCCUGAGGUUGCGGGUUCGGGGGUUCGAGCCGC